AGUCACUCAUAACUAGCAGAAGUUUUUUCUCUACAGAUUCAUCGUUUGAGGAGUUCUGUGAGUUUAUCAAGGUAGGUCAGAUAUGUAUCAUCAUCUUCAAACGAGGAUUUUUCUCCACCAACAAAAUGAUUUGCUGAGAGCAGAAAACAGAGCUAGGAUUCAUGCUAUGACCUCUCCAUCAAUCUGCAGAUCUUGUGAGGAGCCCAUCAUUUCAACCGAAGAGAGGGAGCUAUGGUUGGAGAAUGCUCGUCUUCGGUCCGAGAUUGAUACAUUGACUUGUUUCAUAUGGAGAUUAAAUUCGUUCAGGAACCUAUAUCCCGCAUUUGCUACGUCUUUGACUGAAGUGGGUUACGGAGUGGCGGUUAUGACGUCACUUUCGCUGAAAGAAGUUGUUUUUCUUGCGAGGCAAAGAACUCCGAUGUGGACAAGUAACGGGAGAUUGAAUCUCGACGAAUACUACUCUAAAUUAUUUCCUUGGUACGCAAGAAACGCACCCGGGUUUGUACAUGAGGUAUCAAGAGCUUCUGCUUUUGUCCCAUGUGAUGCUUCAUCGCUCGUGGCAAAUCUUAUGAAUCAUGUAAGUUGGCAAAAAAUCUUUCCGUCAAUCAUCGCGGAUGUGUCUGUGGAAUCACAACAACGGGGAUUGCAAAAGAUUAAUGUGAAUUUUAUGCCACAAAUCUCUCCUCUCAUUCAAACUCGGAAUGUGAAACUUCUUCGACGCUCGAGGCAUAUAGAGGAUGAUACAUGGGCUAUUGCAGAAAUUUCUAUGUAUUUCAGCUCAUAUGCGCAACAUUUACGUCCUGAAUAUAUGAGAUUUCCUUCUGGAUAUCUUAUCCAACAUAUAGCCAAUGGUAUCUCUAAGGUAACCAUUCUCGACCAUUGGGUUUACAAGGAAGAAGAAGGCAUGAACACUUUCAAUUCAAACUCUGAAUUUGGUGCACAGAGAUGGCUCACUGCUCUCCAAAAGCAUUACUACAACACCUGCCCCGUUUCUAUUCCUUCAAUUGGUCACAAUAUUCAAAUAUUCGACCAGAUCUGUCGCAAGAACUUGCUUAACCUAUCUUCAUUUAUGGUUAACGUAUUUUGUUCGGGAGUUUGCGGGAUAACUGGACAAAGGUGGAAUCGGUUGAAUACAGUUGGAGUUUCGGCUAAUAACAUUAGAAUGUUCACGCAAGAAAGUCGAGGCAUGAGUGGGAUCCCUUGCGUUUUGGUUAGCGCUACCGGUUUAGCUAGAAUGCACACUAAACCAGAAGUAAUGUUUGGAUUAAUCAACGGUGCAGAAAAACAAGAAAUAUGGAGUUAUUUAGAGUCUGCUAAAGAUAUGAAAGAACUAAUUCGUAUCGGAAGACAUCCUAAUUCAUGGAAUGAAGUCUCUGUUUUCAGCAUUGAGUGGAAGGGUUCGAAGGAGUGGUAUCUGAUUCAAGAAACAUACUACGAUGAAUCAGGAGCAAUGAUAAUCCACACUUGCGUAGAAGCGCCAUAUUUUGCAGCUGCAAUAAACGGUGGGGAUUUGUCUGGCGUCGAACUGUUACCCAGUGGAUUCACCAUAAUACCAUGCGAAUCACAAGAAUGUUUCGUGACAGCUAGUUGUUAUGUUAAGGCUGACCAAACUAUGGUCACGAGUCCAAAUGAGCUGGGGAGUUAUAUGGAGAACAUGGUCACUAACAUUCUAGGAAAUGUCCAAAAUGCUCUUCCAGUCCACCGUUGAAGUUUUAUGGCUUAUGAAGUUUUUACCGUUCUUGUUGUCGUCGUCGUCGUUAUUGCUAUUGCUGCAUGUUGUUGUUGUUGUUGUUGUUGUCGUUGUCGUUGUAUGAGAGUUUGAAUUUGGAACUUUAUUUCUAUGAACUUUAUUAUACACCUAUCAUUAAGAAAUAACAAAUAAAUGGUGAUUAUGGUUU